AUGACGUUCCCUUGUCUGAUAACUCUAGUCUUCACCUUGGCCGCAGUCCUCAGUACUCGGCCCGCAGCCUCUUUCCCUCCUGGAGGCGGCCCGCCCCCUUUCGACCCGAAACCUUUCCACCAGUGCAUUAACAGCCACCGGUCGUCCAACGACACCCCUACCGGCUUCACCCUCCCUUCCGACCCGUCUUUCCCUUCCAUCCUUAACUCUACCGCCAUGGACACCAAGUGCCUUGCCCCCAACAUCCCCAAGCCCGCCCUCAUCAUCACCCCUUACUCCGAGGCCGAGGCCCAGUCGGCCGUCGCCUGCGCCUUCCAAAACCAUGUCCGCAUCCGUGUCCGCAGCGGGGGCCACGACUACGAGUGCCUCUCCUACGCCUCCUUCAUGGGCCUCCCCUUCGUCGUCCUCGACCUCCAGAAUCUCCGGAACAUCACCGUCGACGUGGCCUCGAAAACCGCGUGGGUCCAGGCGGGGGCCACCGUCGGCGAGCUCUACUACGCGGCGGCCAACGCCAGCUGCGGGACGCUCGGCUUCCCCGCCGGCCUCUGCACCACCAUUGGAGUCGCCGGGAACUUCCUCGGCGGUGGCUAUGGGAUGAUGAUGCGGACGUACGGCCUGGCGGCCGACAACGUGGUCGACGCCCGGCUCGUCACGGCCGACGGCCGGCUCCUCGACCGCGCGUCGAUGGGCGAGGACCUCUUCUGGGCCAUCCGCGGCGGGGCGGGGGGGAGCUUCGGGGUCGUACUUGCGUGGAAGGUACAACUCGUCAAGGUACCCAAAAAGGUCACCGUGUUCAACGUCAUCAAGACGCUCGACCAGCCAAACGGGAUCGACGUGCUGUACAAGUGGCAGAACGUGGGCCCGGUCGUCAACAAGAAGCUCUUCAUGAGGGUCCUGAUGGAGCCAUACAAUUCUACGGUGAUGACGAUCUACAGCUCGAUGUUCCUCGGGAGUAAGGCCGACUUGCUCCAGCUGAUGAAUGAGGAAUUCCCGGAGCUGGGGUUGACGGAAAAUGGCUGCUCGGAGGUGAGCUGGAUCGAGUCCGUGAUGUUUAUAGGGGGAUACAACACGAGCACGACGAAGCCCGAUUACUUGCUACAAAGGAUUCCCGCAUUCAAGCUCAACUUCAAGGGGAAGUCGGAUAUGGUGAAGGCCGUCAUCCCAAAAGCAGGGCUGGAGGGGCUGUGCAAUGCCGUGAGGCAGAGCAACGGGUCGCUGGUGGCGAUGACGCCUUAUGGAGGAAGAAUGGCGGAGAUUCGGGAAGACGCGACUCCUUUUCCGCACCGCAAGGGCGUGUUGUACAUGAUACAGUACGUGGCGCAGUGGUACCCGGAAGACAAGUGGCCAGAGGUGCAGGACGAAACGUGGGUGAGGGGGCUUUACAAUUACAUGACCCCUUACGUGUCGAGUAACCCGAGACAGGCGUAUGCGAACUACAGGGAUCUCGAUCUGGGGAGGGAUGCUAACAGCUGCCCGAACUGCAGCUGCCCGAACAUAUGGGGCUACAAGUAUUUCAAGAACAACUUCAUGAGGCUCGUGGCUGCGAAAACGAAGGCCGAUCCCACUGAUUUCUUCCUUCAUGAACAGAGCAUCCCCACUUAUUCGACGCUCAACACCUGCAUUCCCUUGGUGUCUUGA